AUGGAAAACUCAAAGCUAAAGCGUAAUAUAAAACCUUUUAAUGGCGAGAAGUAUAGUGUCUGGAAAUUUAGAAUACGCGCGCUUUUGAGCGAAAUAGAUGUUAUAAGUGUAAUUGAUGAGGAAGUACCCGCAACGCGGAGUCAAGAGUGGAUCACAAAGAAUUGUAUUGCUAAAAGUACUAUCGUUGAGUAUUUAGAAGAUUCUUAUCUUGGUUUUGCUAAGGAAGAAAUAACGGCUAAAUAUAUUUUUAAAAAUUUAGAUGCCCUUUACGAACGAAAAAGUCUCGCGACACAGUUGGCUUUGAGAAAACAGUUAUUGUCUCUGAAAUUACAUGGUGAUACACCACUAAUAAAACAUUUUACUAUUUUUGAAGAUUUGAUUAUGGAAUUAUUGGCUGCCGGAGCCAAGUUAGAAGAAACUGAUAAAGUGUCUCAUUUAUUACUUACACUUCCGGCGACAUAUGACGGUGUCAUAACUGCGAUUGAAACAUUGUCGGAAGAUAAUUUAACACUGGGUUUCGUAAAAACAAGACUCUUGGAUCAUGAAGUUAAACUAAAAACAGAAAGUCGUGAUACGAGUAUGAAAGUUUUACAGAUAGAAAAUAAAAACGAGAUAUUUAAAAGAAAAAGGAACGAAAAUACAUAUAUAACAAAUAACUACCCGCAUAAAAAUUAUAAUCAUAAGGCAAAGAGGAAGAUACACUUUCUAAAAUGCCAUCAUUGUGGACGUAAAGGACACGUUAAAAAUGAUUGUUUUUAUUUCAAGAGAGUGAAUAAGAGUAAAGUUUCCGACAGAAGCAGGACUGUUCAGUCGGUAGUUAUGACCGAACCAACUACUGCUGAUGAACAGCCUAGAUUUGCUUUUAUGGCCGGUAAAAAUGAGAAGAAUAUUCAUAAUGACCGAAUCACAUUCCUGUUGGACUCUGGAGCGUCAGACCACAUUAUAAACAGGGAUGAUUUUUUUAUUAACUACACUAUCUUACUAAUUCCAAUUAAAAUUUCAGUUGCUAAAGUUGGCGAAUUUAUUACAGCUACAAAAAGAGGAACAAUAAAAGUUACCAGUGACAUGGGUAUUGAUGGAGUUUUGGAGGAUGUAUUAUUCUGCCCUGAGGUUCCAUAUAACUUACUGUCCGUUUCCAAGAUACAAAGAGCUGGAUUGACAAUUAUUUUCGAUCAAGAUGGAGCUCAUAUAUUCAAGGAUGGUAAGACAUUAAUUAAUGGUAAACAGUUAGCCGAUGUGCUCACAAAACCGCUACCUUCAAUAGCAUUUAAAACACAUAGAGCCAAAAUGGGCUUAGAAUAA